AACUUGAAAUUAGUGUUGAAAAUAUUGAAAAAAAAUCGAGUGAAAAGCAAAAGCAAAAGAAGAAAGAAUAAAACAUAAAUCAGUUCCUGAAAAAUAGUCAAACAAGUGUUACGUCCUCUUCAUAAGUUAAGCAUUUGAUUAGCAUAUAGACAGAUCCUUACGAUUAGAAUAGUUAAGCGCUAAAGCAACAAUAACAAUGCACACCAGCACAGAUCCUAUGCACGCCCUGCACGACUGCUCCUCCCAGUCGCCGCCACUGCACAAGGUACAGCGCGGCGGCGGCCUCACAUCCUCGCGAGCCUCCAUUGCCGCCGCCGCCGCCGCUGCGGAUGAAAUGUCCCUGAUCUGCGACGACAGCGACUUUGAGUCAACGGCCGCCGGCGGCAGCAGCAGCGGCGGCGGCGGCGGCGGCGGUGAUAAUAACAACGGCAACGCCAGCGGCACUAUCAACGGCAACGGCAGCACCGGCGGGCCUCUGGUGAAGCCGCCCUACUCCUACAUAGCUCUGAUCACCAUGGCCAUAUUGCAGUCGCCGCACAAGAAACUCACACUCAGUGGAAUAUGUGAUUUCAUAAUGUCCCGUUUCCCAUAUUAUAAGGAUAAGUUUCCCGCUUGGCAGAACUCGAUUCGGCACAAUCUGAGCCUGAACGAUUGCUUCAUUAAAGUUCCACGCGAGCCGGGCAAUCCGGGCAAAGGCAAUUUCUGGACACUGGAUCCGCUGGCCGAGGACAUGUUCGACAAUGGCAGCUUCCUGCGCCGACGGAAGCGCUACAAGCGGGCGCCGGCCAUGCAGCGUUUCUCGUUUCCGGCCGUCUUCGGCACCUUGUCGCCGUUCUGGAUACGGAAGCCGGUGCCGCUGGUGCCGGUGCACUUCAAUGUGCCCAACUUCAAUGGGAGUCGCGACUUCGAUGUGAUGCACACGCCCAGCGAUGUGUUCGACACGGCGCUGCGCGUCGACAAGAAAUUCAACUUCUUUGCCAAUGCCGAGGCUUCGUUCUAUCAGAACAACAACGACAAGUUCGACCGGCUGUCGUUCAUCAAUCGCCGCAUGGAUGCAGUCGACGCACUGCCGCACAGCAGCAGCACCGGCGGCGAUGCCAGCAGAGCCAACAAGUACAAAAAUCCAUAUGCGUUCGAUGUGUCCGCAGCUGCGGCCGGCCUCGGCGCAGCCGACUACGCGGACCGAGGCAGCAACUAUACCGAUCUCAAUGUGUACAACGAUGAUGUGGAUGCCGACGAUACCUCGUGCGACAAGAUCGACGUGGAGAGCGCCAACGAGCACGAGCAGGACUCGCACAUAUCGGACUCCGUCGACUCGGUGUGCACGAAUCCAACACGAUUAGAGGUCGCCUCAGAGGCCACCACACGCGACCCCGAUCCCGAGCCGGAACGCAACUCGCCCUAUGCGCUGCUCUUCGAGCAGACCGAGGCGUCCAACAGCUCACUCGCGAUAACGUCCAGUCCCAAGACGCCCGCCAGGUCACUGACCAGAUCCACUCUACUACACAUCGACACGGAGCCCGCCAACCUGAGAUGCGCCAGGCAGACAAUAGCCAAAGACUUUCGCAUAGAGACGCUGAUUGGACACGGGCACAGCGAUGGGGCGGCCAGUGAUUAGAGAACUGAGAUGGGAUCUCCCUCUCCCUCUGUCUCUCUCUCCCUCUGUCUCACGCUCUCUGCAUAUGCUUGGGCAUAUUUUAACACUUCUGUACGUUGUAAACUUUAGCUGUAGUAGAACACGGACCCAUUGACGUAUCCCCAGCUCCGACAGCAUCCCGUUUAGCACCCACGCAUCUCCCAGUUACCUUUCUGCCAAUGCACGAACAUUUUAAUGCGACCAAAGAAACGC